UUGGUGGCGCUAAAUACUAAAAUACAAAUUACAAACCGUCGUGUCCGCGGUACCACCACCUGAAAGUUUGAGUACUUCUUGGAUUUUGCCUUCUUUUCAAUAAACUGGUGAAAAUAAGAAAUGUUUUAUCAUAUAUCUUUGGAACAUGAGAUUCUUUUACAUCCUCGCUAUUUUGGUCCAAAUCUUUUGAACACCGUCAAACAGAAGUUGUUUACAGAGGUAGAAGGAACGUGUACAGGAAAAUAUGGUUUUGUUAUAGCAGUUACAACUAUUGACAAUAUUGGAGCUGGUAUGAUUCAGCCUGGCAAAGGAUUUGUGCUCUACCCAAUCAAAUACAAAGCUAUCGUGUUCCGACCUUUCAAAGGAGAAGUCGUAGAUGCAGUAGUGACGCAAGUAAACAAGGUUGGUCUUUUCACCGAGAUUGGCCCUCUCUCUUGCUUUGUAUCAAGACAUUCCAUUCCAUCUGACAUGGAGUUUGAUCCCAACUCAAAUCCACCUUGUUAUAAAACCAAAGAUGAGGAUAUGGUGAUUCAGCAGGAGGAUGAAAUUAGGUUAAAGAUUGUGGGAACCAGGGUAGAUGCCUCAGAUAUUUUUGCAAUUGGAUCACUCAUGGAUGAUUACCUCGGUCUUGUGAGCUAGAAGCUUUUGUUAUUAUUCGUAGGAAAUAUCAUCCCUGCUGAAAAGUUGUUACUAUGACAGCAAUUGAUGGAUUCCUGUCAGAUAGAGAUAAUGGCAACCAGUGACAUCUUCACAGAUUUGAACUAGGCCAUUAACAAGCGGAUGUAAAUAUUGUGCUGCUUAGCAAAUUCUCUGAUGGGAAUCAUUGCAAAGAAUAGAACUUCUACAUGUAAAUGUCAAAGACUCAAAGCCUAUGUUACUAAUAACAAGAUGUGACAUACAUGUGUAAUGUGCUUUUGAAUCGAUGCACAAAGGCCUUGUUAUACUUCUUUUGUACUUGUUUGUUACAGUAUUUAUAUUCAAAGUUCUAAUUUAGGAUUAUAAUUACUUGUGCAGGACGAAGAAGACAGAUCAAAGCAAUGUGGAUGAAUAUUGUAUGUUGAGUGCCUGAUAGAGUGAAUAAAGAGAAAAAUAGAAAAUGUG